AUGGGAAAGAUCCCUGAAGUGUUCUUGUUUCAGAAGUCAGAAGAUUGCACUUCUUCAAUAUCAGACAAAAUUUUUCCACAGCAAGAAGAGCCGGAUAAGAAAAAGGCACUGGCGAAGUAUUUGAAGCCUCUUCUUUUAUACUUCACACAGAAGUAUGUGUUCAUUGCUUUUGGGUCAAUUAUCACUCUUCUGAUCCUUUAUGGGAUAGACCAGAUUAUCAAAUUGACUGGAAUCGACUUUCCGGCAUCGGUCUGCCUCAUGUUGAUAGUUUUCUUUGUUCUUUCGUUUGUUUCCUGGCUGAAAGGUGAGCAAUUCACAGAAAAGUACUUGCUACGGUAUAUAGACAUUCCGUUUGGGUUCAACUUGAGAUGGAUGAAUCUUUAUUUCACGCCGCCUUUUGUCACGCUUGUCUUGGCCGAUAAGGUGUCUGUCAAGGAGGCUUUUAUCAUAGCUGCUGUUUUUGUUGUUGGUUAUAUUCUUGGUUUUGCAUUCGUUGGGUACUUUGUUUGGGUUCUUCAGAUUCUUUUGGGCACAUAUGAUCACAAGCCAGCCGAAUCCGGAGCUGAUGUUGAGGCAAAACGGGAAAGUAUGCAACUGGAAACUCCAACUGAAGUUACCGGAUCAGGAAAUCGCAAUUCUGGGCAUUCCGGGAUUAGUGUUCCAGUCACGAGCAUCGAGCAGGACUCAUAUGCUUCAGAGGACGUUUCGAAUGCUUCAGACAAUACUUCAAAUGCUUCAAAUGCUUCAGCAAACAUCUCAACUACUUUAGAAAACACUUCAAAUGCUUUAGAUGGUCUGAAUGCUUUAGAUAAUUUGAAUCCUUCAUAUCAUGCCUCAAAUCCUUCAGAUCACAGCCCCAAAAUCUUCGAAGGAAAGGAAUUGCCUCUUCUGUCAGGAUUGAGGAGAACAUUAUCACGUGCUGUGUCCGAAAACGACGUACAAGGAGAACAGUUUGAUGAAGGUUUGGCAUUAUCGAGGAUGACUACAAGAAAUACAGAUGUUAGCAGUACUGUUAUUAGGGAAACAAAUGCAGAUCCGGCAAUGGUCGAGAAAUUGACGCUGAGGUUUGAUUUCACGUUGUAUUUGAUCAUCUUCAUAGUGGGUCUCCCAGUGUACUUUUGCACGGGAUACGAGCUUUUGGUCCAGCUCUCAGUUGCAAUCUUGCUCUUCAAAGCAUGCCUACUUCCGCCGCCAAAAGUCAAGAAGUACUUGCAUCCGAUCUUGGUGUCGUUCUCGCUCAGUUUGCUUGUUUUCUACAUAUUAUCGUUGAUCAAAAAGCAAAAUUUCAAGGUUUCCAUCGAGCAUUACAAGACCGGAAGGACGUAUCUCAACCUUUUCAACAAGUCUGAGUAUCCUAUUUGGCCUGGAGCAGGAGACUUUCUACUUUCCAUGAUGGAUAUUUCCAUUGCAGCCCUUUCUUUGGCCAUGUAUCGAUACAGAGGAGACCUCAAACGGUACUUUUUCGCUUUAAUGCCCGUCGUUAUCGUUUUUUCGUUCAUGUCCUUCUUCAUAUAUCCACCCGUCUGCUACCAUUUGGGAAUCACCCCUUCCAGAUCUUUAGGUUUUACAGGCAGAUCCGUCACCAUGGCUUUGGGAACUCCGUUAGUGCAUGCCAUAGGAGGUUCAAAUCAACUUAUGGCAGUUACCACAAUUCUGUCCGGCAUACUUGGUGUUUUUUUGGGAGAUUGGAUUUCUUUCACGUUGCUCCGAAUCCGAAAAUCCGAUUUCGUGUCUCGUGGCGUUACCCUAGGAGUUAAUUGUGGCGCAGUCUCUACUGCACAUUUGCUAAGUGUAGAUCCCAGGGCUGCAGCAAUGAGCUCGCUUAGUUUCACCUUAUUUGGCACUAUCAUGGUUAUAUUGGCAGCAAUAACGCCAUUGGUGAAAAUCAUCCGCUCAUUGGUUGGCUGGUGA